AUGCAUCGAAGGAGAACUACGGGUAGAGGGACCUCCCCUGCCACGAAAAUUAGUCAUCAACCUCCGAGGCUGCUCAUUGUGCAUAUUGCUGUCCCUUCCUGGGAUGACAUCUGCCCCAACCUCUGUGAGGCCUUGCAGAACUUCUUCUCAAUAGCCUGCAGUUUGAUGGGCCCCAGCCGAAUGUCUCUGUUCAGCUUAUACACGGUACAAAAACAACAUGAGUGUGUCCUCCCAUUUGUGCAAGUGAGAGGGAACUUCGUUAGGCUGCAGGCCUGCAUCUCGGAGCUUCGCACGUUGCAGGUAGAAGGUUGUUACAGGCCAUCUCACACCUUACUACCACUGGCUGUAGAGGAUGGGCUCCAGCAGUUCAAACAGUACAGCAGUCACAUGGCCACAAAUGCUGCUCAGCCCUUAACUUCCCUGGAGAUUACUGUCCUGACUUCUCAGCCUGGGAAAGAAGUGGUCAAAGAACUGGAGGAAGGGUUGAAAGAUAUAAACCUACUUAGCGUCAGAAGACUGCAGGUGGUUGAGGUCACAAAAGGCAUCCAAGAGCAUACAGACUCACCAUCUCCUAUUGAAGAACCCAGCAAUGAUGAGAGUUCCAUCCUGGAAGCUGACAUUGUCCUUGAGACUCUGGACAACGAUGUGGUCAGCAUGGAGGUCUUCUUCAAAGCCUGGCUGCAUAACACUGAAACUGACCAGGAAAACAUCCACCUUUUUCUUACUCCACAGAGUCUUCCUCCUUCUUCCAGAGCCAAGGACAAUCCAAUAUGUCUGAAAUGUGAUCUCCAAGAGCGAUUUCUCAGCCCGUCCCUGCUUCCUGGUACAGCCGAUAGCAUGUCGAGAAUAGAUGACCCCAAAGGAGACAUCAGCACGAUCUACCAGAUGGCCUCCCUGUCGUCAGACUCUCCAUACAAGCUGCAAGUGAUCAAGGCUCUGAAAUCUAGUGGGAUCUGUGAGUCCCUGACCUAUGGACUGCCCUUCAUCCUCAGACCCACAAGUUGUUGGCAGCUGGACUGGGAUGAGCUGGAAACCAAUCAACAACAUUUUCAUGCCCUGUGUCACUGCUUGCUGAAAAGAGACUGGCUGCUGUUAGCCAGAGGGGAACCCCUGAUCCCCAGACACAACCAGAGUCUCCCUGCCUGCAGCUUCUAUGUGAUCACACCGUCUCACUCUCUCACACUGCUGGUCAAGCUGGUGGCCACGAGGGAACUGAUGCUUCCUGGCUUCUUCCCCCUGCUCUCUGAGGACCCACCUGAAGACAGCCUAAAGAUCAUAGAGAGCACACUAGACAGCCUGGAGCUGGGGCUCACCUACAACCCUCUGCAAGUUGGGAGCCACCUGUACGCACAUCUGAGCAGCGCCCACGCCAAGCCUCAGGGACGGCCCUACACAAGCUGGGCAGGCCGGGGCCUUAGAAAGGAGGAUCAGCUGCAGACCAACAGAGCUCGAGCCCCAGUGGUCCCCCUCCCAGUGACCCCUGCCCCAGGUAGAGCUCUGAAGAAGUCAGCAGCCAGCAAAGCAGCCUCAGGAACCUUCCUGCCUUCUGAUUCGGAGGACGAGUAUCCUUCUCAGACCUAA